UCAAUUUUGGCGACUUUACGACUGUAGCACUCAAACCACUGAGUUGUUUUUAUGUGUUGUUAUAAAAGUGAUAUACAGUAAAAAUUAAGUAAAACUAAUGUCCUAAAUACCUACUUGUGUGGUGUAUGUAUUUUGAUUGUUGAACCUAACCCAAAAGUUAUACUGCCGGUUUAGUGAACUGUCAUGUUCUAGGUAGUCAUCAGCUGAUUAUUUAUAUCUUGUUUUGUAUAUAUACAAAGAACUAUAUUGGCACAUUUUGUUCUAAAAAUUAACUUCCAAAAUGUGGGUUUUCAGUGUUUCGUGAUAAUGUUAUUGGACAAUAAAAUAAACAAUACAUUUAACUUGUAUUCUUAGGUUAUGUGACAUUGACUAAAGGAAAAAUAAAUAGAAAAAUGUUGUCUUUGAAGAAAGUUUAUAGGGACGAGUUGUUGCAACUUGCAUUAAUCCUAAGCAUCUUAAGAGUGAACCAGGAUUCUUUUUAUGAAAAUGAUUUAUAUGGAGGUGUUAAUAACUUAGAUUUUGACAAUGGAACCAGUUGGAGGAGUUUAACACCAGCAGUGUUACGAUCACACUAUGUCAACCCAAAGAGCUUGGACUCGGUCCUACUAAACUAUGAAAGAGAUUUGUUUGCUGAUUUAAAUUCCUUAGGUCGAUAUAACAGGGGAAGCUUUCGACACCCUGACGUAACGGCAUAUUUACUUAACAUCGAACGAAGUGUCCCUUUAAAUAGUCCAGAACCAUUGCCGGUACCAGCUGUACAACAAAACCAAACUGAAAACGAUGACAACGAUAAUGCCGCUGCUUUGAACCCUGUUGAUGUGGGAAUAAACUUGUCACAAGAGGAUAUGGAUUUAAUCGAGGUGUUGUGGAAACAAGAUGUGGAUCUUGGAUUUUCCGUGGAAAAUGCCACACCAAAAUUGGAAAAACUUGAUCCAGAAAGCUCAGCUGUCGACGCCACCACAUCCGGCGAUUUGGAAAAUGACGAUUUGGAAAAAGUCAAAACGCUAAAAGCUAUAAACGAAGAUAAAAUUAAAGUAGAACCUGAAAACGAUAUUGACAGUGAUCCAUGGGCAGGUCUGAACUAUACCAUCGACACAGAAACAGGAGAGUAUGUGAUAAAAGGAGAAUUAGACGAAACCCUUUCUGGAGCGGAUUGCGGCUCCUCAUGUGAUUUGCCACUAGGAGAUCUUUCCCUGCCCCUUCCAGAAUUCCUUUUAGACGAAGCUCUUCGUCUCGUUGAUCUCGAUGAUGAAACGUCUCAGGACACCACUAUAAACCUAAAAGAUUUAGAAAAUCUUUCUUUGGGCGCUACAUCGGUAAAAUCUGCCAACACUUCCGCUAUUUCACCUUCAGCAGCCGCUGAAGCUGAAUCUUCAAGCCAAGCUGAUGGUGUACCAUCUUCCCCUGAGGCAGCAUCGGUCGCAAAGGACACCGAAGACGAGCUAAGCUUAUUCGCAGACAUGAUUCAAACACCGCAGUUCCACCACCCUCAUCACAGGGCCGCCUUCCAAAGUCGAAUGCCGUUUGUCCGGACAGUGAGCAUGGAACAAAGAUGGCAGGACUUGGCUAAUUUAUUAAGUCUUCCGAGUCCGGCGGACAGUAGUGGCAUCCAUCACCCGUUCAGCCAUCACCAUCCUGCUCUUCAUAAUUAUAGUCACCCUCACCCUCACGGAAUGAGCUACAGUGCCGAGACAGCCAGAGGCGUGCUUCUACAUAACGCUACUUUAACUCCCCCUAUGGGAGAUAUAAACGCAACUGUGCCAUAUAGUAAUUUAGGUGGCACUAAUCUUGGUAGUGCCGUAGCAACGUCGAUGAACCUCACCAAUAGUAGCGAACCGAUGGGUGAACCCAGCACCGCACCACAUUACAAGCUGGAACCUUCUCAUGAUGUAGUAUAUUAUCAGAAUGGUACAUCAGAAAUGAACCAAACCGAUGGCUUCCUUUCUUCCAUACUAAAUGACGAGGAUUUACAGCUAAUGGACAUGGCUAUGAAUGAAGGAAUGUAUACUAUGCGUAUGUUAGACAGUAACAAUGCUAUAAGUAACUUAAGCAUGAAUGGUACAACCGGUGCCACAACAAUGUCACGAAAUGACAUGGAAAGGAUGGACACUUCAAGCGACAGUGCCGUCAGUUCCAUGGGCUCCGAAAGAGUGCCAUCCCUCUCCGAUGGCGAGUGGUGUGACGGCGGGUCUGAUUCUGGACAUACCACAGCCGAACACUACGUCACUGACUAUCAAAGCAAAAUUCGACCGUUUGACUACAGUUACUCCAGUCGACAGCUGAACAAUGGUAUAGGCAACUCAGAUUCCGCGCGUAUCCCGCCUGUGGCACAGAAGAAACAUCAAAUGUAUGGCAAAAGAUACUUCCAAGACCAAAGUGCCACCAGCGCGGCUCAUACGCCCCAAACGCCACUGAAAUAUGAAUUCCGAGAUGCCGCCACUUCUUCCUACAAUAUUCCCAAUCAACCAGAAGGGGCAGUGGGUCCGAGAGUACCCGAGAUGAAGUACUCUUGCUCUCUGGAAUUCGGGCUGCAAAGCCACUUAGCUAGGAACUCCGCCGACCACAUACAACACAACCACACGUACCACCUUCCCGCAGAAAGUUCUGGUGUUAUGCAACGGCCUAUUUCCAGAGACAAGUCGAAGUCACGCAAGUCAGACGAAGAGCACUUAACAAGAGAUGAGAAGAGAGCUAGAGCUUUGAACGUUCCAAUUGCGGUCGACGACAUAAUAAACUUGCCUAUGGAUGAAUUCAACGAGCGUCUGUCAAAAUACGAUUUAAGUGAAGCGCAACUAAGUCUCAUAAGGGACAUUAGAAGGAGAGGCAAAAAUAAAGUAGCUGCACAAAACUGCAGAAAGCGCAAACUCGAUCAGAUUCUAAGCUUGGCCGAUGAGGUUAAGGAGAUGAGAGACAGGAAACUUAAGCUUAUAAGCGAUCAUGAGUUUGCUGUGAAUGAGUGCAAACGGAUGAAGGACAAGUAUCAGCAACUUUACAGACAUGUAUUUCAGAAUUUACGUGACGCUGACGGGAAUCAAUAUUCCCCCUACCAGUACAGUUUGCAGACAUCCGCAGACGGUUCUAUUCUAAUGGUGCCCCGGUCAAACUCGACACUUUCAAAUCCAGAGCGAAAGGACCCUCCACAGAACAACAAAGAAUAAAGUUGCUUAUUUAUUUUUUGAAGAAAAUUUGCUCAAAACCCAUAAAAUUUGCAGACAUUUUUUUAAUGCAGACAUACAAAUUAAAUUGUAAACUAUAAAAUAAGCAAUUUCCUUAAAGAUACCUCAUCGAAAAUACCAUUUGCUUUUGAAAAUAUAAUACGGAUUUUAGUAUUUGUACAAAGGUCGAUAACUUCUUACUUUAAAAAACCUAUUAUAUUUUUCUAACAUAUUCAGGUGAUGAUAAUGCCUUUUCAAAGAAAAAAGAAAAAAAGAAAGAAAAAAAUCUUAGUGUAUAUAGUAGUUAAGAUAAACAGUGAGUGAAAUGUGUUUGACUGAAAUUGGUGUAGGAGCUUACUGUUAGAUAUAGCAUAUUUAGUAAAGUUGGAACAGGUUUUGUCAUUUAAGGAGCGUAUGUGAUUUUAUAGUAAUCAUUUCAUUAGAGUUAUUUUAAUUGUGUAGUAACCGUACUUGACUUUUUGGUACUAAGUAGGUACCGAGGUUCUAAAAAUAAUGUAUUAAAUAAAGUAGUAGGCUGAUAUUUUUUAUAAACAGUAUAGGUUUUGUACAUUAUAUAGUAUAUGAAUAGGGAAGUUAAAAAUUAUCCCGAGUGGUAAAUUGCACCAUUUUAAUACUAUAAUUAAUUGUGAAUAUUUAAUGUUUUGGGAUAUUUAAUCUAUAUGGCUGAUAUUUGUAAACGAAAUAAAAUGUAACAAACGAGUAAAUAGAACGUAAAUUUGCCAAAGGGUUCUUGUAUUAGAAGUACUUCUAAAAUUCCUGCAAUUUACUAUGAAACGGUUUCACCUUUGGAUCAGACGUUAUUUCAAUAUUUUACUUGAGAUAUUCAGCACCAGUAAAUAUAUGUCCCGUUAAAUUUUUUCAGGGGCGAUGCCGCUGACGUUUUUUUAAUACAUAAUGCUUAAGUAAACUGAUUAUACCAGUUGAAAGUAACAUAAAACAUUUCCAUGAGGCUUAUAUCAUCGUUUUAAUAAGUUUUAAAAAUUCGAUGUAUUGAUAACUGUAUUUUUCGAUACCGAUUUUGCAAUUUACUUUUAAAUAUAUGGUGCCAACAAAGAUCUCAUCAAUUAAUUAUAUUUUUUUCCAAUAAUCAGAUAUUUACUUAUUACUUAAUGAAAUUUAAGGAUCCACUGCUGUAAAAUAUUAUUUUUAUGCAUGUACUACUCACAUCAUAAUUUUUCUUUCAGUUUUGUAAAUAUAUAAAUAAAAUUAUAUCUUAAA